GGCAUGCGCAGUAGGUUUUGCCGCGCCUCCCUCCAAGGCUGGGUCGUCACGUAACGUGCGGACGAGCUAAGGGUCUUUGAGAGGAUGACCCCAAGUUGACCCCCCACCCCCACAGUCCAGGGCCUGAGAUACGUGGAAUUCAGGCCUGGAGCGACACGCGCGUAUGCAAUCCUUAGGGCUGAGGAUGGGAGAUGAAGGGGGAAUCCCAGGGCCAGUCGCCCUUGCGUGCUGACAGUCCUCUGAGUUGAAUGCCCGCCAUAAGACCUCGUGACGAAAAGGAGCCCCUCUGCACUCUUGCAGGCGGCCGGCCGGGGGAGGCGGUAUCCCUUGUCUGAGUCAGGCCGUCACGUGUGAAGGCACCCUGCUCGGCGCUGCGAGUGGUUGCAGUCAGGAAAGCGAGCGAGGGAGGGAGGGAGGCGUCCCCCGCGCCUGCCUAUUGGAUCCGCUUGGCCGAUCCCGGAAGGAGGUCUUAGGCGAGGCAGCCACGUCCGCCGGUGGAACUCCCUCCCCCCAGGUGGGGCGGCAGGAGAAAUGGAUGUUGAAACACUUGCCAAAUAUUCAAAGCUGCAUGCCAAACCUCCAGGCCUCUCCCUCCAGUAUGGAACAGCUGGAUUCCGUACCAAGGCAGAAAACCUUGAUCACAUCAUGUUUCGCAUGGGCCUGUUGGCUGUGUUGAGGUCGAAGCAGAAAAAGGCCACCAUUGGUGUUAUGGUUACAGCCUCCCACAACCCUGAAGAAGACAAUGGUGUGAAGUUGAUCGAUCCUUUGGGUGAAAUGUUGGCACCUGCCUGGGAAGAGCAUGCUACUUGUUUAGCCAAUGCAGAAGAGAAGGAGUUGCUACCUAUCCUGAAUGCCAUCUGCCAGAAGGAAGCAGUGGACCUUCAGAAUGAUGCAUUCAUUGUUAUUGGCAGAGACACCAGGCCUAGCAGCAAGAAACUUUCACAGUCAGUAACUGAUGGCGUGUCUGUCCUUGGAGGUCAAUACCAGGACUAUGGCUUGGUAACAACACCACAGCUACACUACAUGGUCUGCUGUCGAAACACCCAUGGUGGCUAUGGAACUGCGACAGUGGAAGGCUACUAUCAAAAACUCUCCAAGGCUUUUGUGGAGCUUACAAAGCAGGCCACAAGUCAGAGGGAUGGCCACAUAUGUCUGAAGAUAGACUGUGCAAAUGGCAUUGGGGCUCUGAAGCUCAAAGAAAUGGAACGGUACCUUCUGGCAGGCCUUGCUGUGCGCCUAGAGAAUGAUGGAACGAAAGGGAAGCUCAAUCACAAUUGUGGGGCUGAUUUUGUGAAAGUCCAUCAGAAGCCUCCAGCAGGCCUGGAAAUGAAGCCCAAUGAGCGAUGCUGCUCGUUUGAUGGCGACGCUGACCGAAUAGUUUACUACUAUACUGAUGCUACUGGCCAGUUUCAUCUUCUCGAUGGAGAUAAAAUAGCAACUCUAAUCAGCACUUUCCUUAAAGAGCUUCUGGACAAGGCUGGCCAAACCUUAACAUUUGCAGUAAUACAAACAGCCUAUGCCAAUGGGAGCUCUACGUCUUAUUUGAAAGAAACAAUGAAGGUGCCCGUCCACUGUGCCAAAACAGGGGUGAAGCAUUUGCAUCACAAGGCCCAGGAAUUUGACAUUGGGGUUUAUUUUGAAGCCAAUGGUCAUGGCACAGUAUUGUUUAGUAAAGCAGCAGAGGAUAAAAUAAGACACCAGGCAAAAGAAGAAAAAGACAACCUAAAAAGGGAAGCUGCAAAAAUGCUUGAAAACACAAUUGACUUGAUAAAUCAGACAGUUGGCGAUGCCAUCUCAGACAUGCUUGUGAUUGAAGCCAUCUUAGCUUUGAAGAACCUUACGGUACCCCAGUGGGAUUCGAUGUACACGGAUCUUCCAAACCGGCAACUUAAAGUUAAGGUUGCUGAUAGGCGAGUCAUCAACACCACAGAUGCUGAAAGGCGAGCAGUGACACCCCCAGGGCUGCAGGAGAAAAUUGAUGAGCUUACCAAGCAGUUUAGAUUGGCUCGUGCUUUUGUUCGCCCAUCUGGAACCGAAGAUGUUGUUCGAGUGUAUGCAGAAGCAGACACACAGAAAAAUGCAGAUAAACUUGCCCACCAAGUCAGCUUGGCUGUCCACCAGUUAGCUGGAGGAGUUGGAGAAUAACCCAAGGCCGUAGCCUGAAGACGCCAUAUGAUUCAAGCCGAACCAUAGACCAUCCCCUCGUUGCCUUUUUUUAUUGAUUCUUCACUUUUAGCUUGUUGAAACUUUUAGACAAAACUUAAAUCAACUUUGAAUUAUUAAAAAAGCUUAUUUGAAGGUUACUGCUUUCUGUAAUUUGUAGAAUUGUAUGGAGUCACUUUUGUAUUAAAAUGUUAGUAUAUUUCAGAUUAAA